AAAGGUACUUAAAGCCUUACGGCCAUUCCUGCCAUCUUCCUCUGGGUACCAACACUAUUAAAACUGCGGUCAACGGUCAACGAGGCAAGGCAGAGAAAAUUCCCUCAGAACUGGCCAGACACCUUGCUGCCACAACCCCGCUCCCUCCCCUCCCCUUCCCUCCCCUCCCUUCCCAUCCCAGCCCCCUGACUUUCUAGUGCGCUAGGAAAUGGGUGUGCCAGCUUCUGCGGGAGAGAUGGAGGAUUUGGCGCUGUAUGGGCUUCACAGGCUUGGGGAUCGUGACAGAAUCUGGUAUUAAACCGCCAUGCUAACUGCCAAGCUGCUCUCCAGACACCUGCGGCCCACCAGCCCUUCAUCCUGAUCUUUUCAGCCCUGAAAAAAAAAAAAAAAGGAAUUCGGUCUGCCCCUGCAGUCUUUAUUUCUGCCCUUCACCCCGUCCUCAGCAUGAAGCUCUGGCUGAAUUAGAGGAAGGAGAAAGACCUCUGAAUUCUUGCAGACACCUCUGUCCUGGACUGUCAUUUUGGUGCAGGGAAGGGGGCGUGUGGUAUCUGCCUUUGGGGGAGAAGAGGAGUAGUCCUAAGAUCCAUCUACCUUUAGGCUCUGCAGCUGUGAGCACAGUGGAACUUGCUCCUGAUCCCAGGAAGCCGGUCCAGCUCAGCUUGCAGCCUCAGAAGAACUUUCAAACCUGAGCUUGAGAGCCCUUGAUCUGACUGGUGGAUACAUUUCACUUAAGCAAGCCAGUUCCAACAACCUGGAUCAGAGAAUCUCUCCAGGUGUACCAUGAGCCGAGCUCGGGAUGCUGGCUGUGUAGCUGCUGGAAUAGUGAUUGGGGCUAGUGCCUGGUACUGUGUCUACAAAUAUACAAGGGGGAAAGACCAGAAGAAGAAGAGACUGACCAAGCCCAAGAACCGGGCCUCUGUAGGUACUGGAAGCAGAGCUAGAACUGGCCUAAGAGCCGGAUUCACAAUUGACCUUGGGCCAGGAUUCAGUCCCCCAACCCCAGUCAGUAUUGAGACAAUGAACAAGGCCCAAGAAGAAGCAUCCAAUCCUGCCACAGCUGUGGCUGAAGGAGUGGCACCAGCUACACCCAGUCCCAAUGUUCAGAAUGGGGCACAAAGUAAGGUCCAGGAGGUAAAUGUGGCUAGAACUGAGGCUAAUAUGGAACCAGUAGUCAUGAGUUCAGCUGCCUGUGCAGUUACACCUCCUCCCAAGGUGGCAGGGGGUCCCACUGCUGCAGAGGCUCCAGAAAUAGUAGGGGUUCCCAAAGUGGUGGAAGCUCCUAGCACCACAGAGGUUUCUGGGCCAGCAGUAUCCCCUGGGCAAGCAGUAUACCCUGGGCAAGCAGUAUACCCUGGGCAAGCAGUAUCCCCUGGGCAAGCAGUAUCCCCUGGGCAAGUAGUAUCCCCUGGGCAAGCAGUAUCCCCUGGGCAAGUAGUAUCCCCUGGGCAAGUAGUAUCCCCUGGGCAAGCAGUAUCCCUUGGGCAAGCAGUAUCCCCUGGACAAGCAGUAUCCCUUGGGCAAGCAGUAUCCCCUGGGCAAGCAGUAUCCCCUGGACAAGUAGUAUCCCCUGGGCCAGCAGUAUCCCCUGGGCAAGCACUAUCUGCAAGGGUAGCCCAGACUCUUGGGCCAGCAGUACCUUCACCAUCAAUAUUGUCUCCUGGGCCAACAGCAAUUCCCUGGGCAGUCCAGACUGCUGGGCCAGCAGCAGCUCCCUUGACAGUCCAGUCUAUUGUGCCAGCAGCACCUUCCUGGGCAGUAGUAGCACCUCCUGGGGCAGUCUACAUUCCUGUGGCAGCCCACUUUGCUGGACCAGCAGCAACCACCAGGGUAACCCAGUCUCCUGGGACGGUGAUACCUCCCCUUCCACCCCCAUCAUCAGUACUUCCCAGGGGAGUCCCAUCAGUGCCUGGCAGAACAGCCCAGUCUCCUGGGCCAGCAGUGCAUCCUGUGACAGCUCAAUCUACUGGGGUAGCAGCGCCUUCUAUGGCAGUCCAGUAUUCUGGGGCAGCAGUGCCUUCUGGAGGACCAGCAACUCCUAGGGCAGCAGCAUCUACCCAGAGGACAGCAACCACAGAGGUCAUGCAAGUCCCUAGGGCGGCAGCAGGUACUGAAGCCACCGAGACCCCUAGAACAGCAACCAUGGUAGCUGGGGCUUCUCUGCCCAUGCAUUCUGGGGCUGCAGAGACUCCUGGGACUUCAGGGUCCUCUAAGACAGCAGCCACUGGCAAGAAAGCAGCCCCUGGAGCUCAUACUGGGGCUAUACCCAAGGCUGGGUCAGUCACUGGAGCUGUACCCAAAGGUGGAGGCAAGGGUGGAAACAAGAACCGGAGUGGAGGCAAGGGCAAAAAUAGGAAGAACAAGGUUGAAGUGGAUGAAUUAGGAAUGGGUUUCCGUCCUGGUGAUGGGGCUGCAGCAGCUGCUGCAGCUUCUGCUAAUGGGGGGCAGGCCUUCCUAGCAGAGAUUCCUGAAUCUGAGGAAGGGGAAUCUGGGUGGACUGACACAGAGUCAGAUUCCGACUCUGAGCCAGAGGUCCCGCAGAGAGGGAAAGGGAAGAGAACCAUUCCCAUGCAUAAGCGCCCCUUUCCAUAUGAAAUCGAUGAGAUCCUAGGUGUUCGGGAUCUCAGGAAAGUCCUAGCCUUGCUUCAGAAAUCAGAUGAUCCCUUCAUUCAGCAAGUUGCCCUGCUCACCCUGAGCAACAAUGCCAAUUAUUCAUGCAAUCAAGAAACAAUCCGAAAGUUGGGAGGCCUCCCAAUUAUUGCAAACAUGAUCAAUAAAACUGACCCUCACAUUAAGGAAAAAGCCUUAAUGGCCAUGAAUAACCUGAGUGAAAAUUAUGAGAACCAGGGGCGACUUCAGGUGUACAUGAACAAAGUGAUGGAUGAUAUCAUGGCUUCUAACCUGAACUCAGCAGUACAAGUAGUUGGGCUAAAAUUUUUAACAAAUAUGACUAUUACUAAUGACUACCAGCACCUGCUUGUCAAUUCCAUUGCAAACUUUUUCCGCUUGUUAUCUCAGGGGGGUGGAAAAAUCAAGGUUGAGAUUCUGAAAAUCCUUUCAAACUUUGCUGAAAAUCCAGACAUGCUAAAAAAACUUCUUGGUACCCAAGUGCCAUCAUCAUUUAGUUCCCUUUAUAAUUCUUAUGUGGAGUCAGAAAUUCUUAUUAAUGCCCUUACUCUAUUUGAGAUUAUCUUUGACAACCUCAGAGCAGAGGUGUUCAACUACAGAGAAUUCAACAAGGGGUCCCUAUUUUACUUAUGUACUACAUCUGGGGUGUGUGUGAAGAAAAUUCGAGCCUUAGCAAAUCACCAUGACCUCUUGGUGAAAGUGAAAGUUAUAAAGCUGGUAAACAAAUUCUGACUGAUCUGUGCCCUCAAGAUGUGUGAUCUCUCAGCUUUACAGUCUGGAAGCAUUAACAGUGAGACUAAUGCUUUUCUAUUUGUGUGUGUAGUACAGGAAUUAUUCAGCUGCCAGUUUUGAAUAAUGUAUUAUUCGAAGUGAUGUUAUCUGUGAUAGUCACCAGCUUUAAGCUGAAUCAUUUUCUGAAUACCAAAUAGUCCUGUAGUCCUGUGAUUUGAAUCGUGCUGCUUGGGUGGAAUGUUUUCCCUGGGUCCUCUUUGUGAACUGAUAGCAAUCCUGUCCGUGAAUGGCCUACUCAGCUCUUACUUGUUUUGACUUGAAUUUUGUCACCAAAGACUUCAUGUGUGUGCCAUCAAUAAAGUGUAUGUUGCAAAUGGCAA